CGAGGACUAAAAAAAGCAGAUUUUACAGCUAAAGAAUAAAAAUAUGCAAAUAUGAAGACCAAAAGAGCUGAUUUUAUAUUAUAUGGGCUUUAAAAUUGCAGAAAACGCAAAAUAUAAGGGACUAUUUUGAUAUUUAAAAACCAAAAACAGAAACAAAACAUAAGAACAUGUCCAUAUUCCGAGUGCUCGAAGCCUUAAACCCUAAAACCUCGUCCCGCGUCCAAAAACCCCGCCUUUCUCCGCCGUCGCCGGCUCCUCAUCGCCGGAGAUGGUGAAGGCCUACCUCCGCUACGAGCCGGCCCUCGCCUUCGGAGUGAUCACCUCCACGGAGUCCAACAUCACCUACGAUUCCACCGGCUCCUUCCUCCUCUCCGCGGCUCUUGAUUCCCUUGCGAUCUGGAACUAUCGCCAGGGCAUCCUCUCCAAGCUCCUCUCAUCCUCUCCUCGCCCUUCACACUCCCUUGCUGUCACCUCCAUUGCCGCCUCCUCCUCCGGCUCCAUUGCGACCGGCCACGCUGAUGGUAGUGUCAGACUAUGGGACGUAGCGGAGGGAUGUUGUGUUGCCACGCUCAAUGGACAUAGAUCGGCGGUCACUGCGCUUAGGUUUAAUAAGCAGGGAUCGAUGCUUGCGUCUGGGAGCAAGGAUUGUGAUAUUAUUUUGUGGGAUGCUGUUUCGGAGGCUGGGCUUUUUCGGCUUCAAGGGCAUCGCGAUCAGGUCACAGAUCUCGUCUUCUUGGAUUCGGGAAAGAAACUGGUGAGUUGCUCAAAGGACAAGUUUGCAAGAGUCUGGGAUCUUGAUACCCAACAUUGUAUGCAGAUAGUAAGUGGACAGAACAGUGAGAUUUGGUCACUGGAUGUUGAUCCAGAAGAGAGGUAUUUGGUUAUUGGAUCAGCGGACAAGGAACUCCAUUUUUACCAGAUUAAGCUUGAUGCUGAAGUGGGUGAGGAUUCGAAUAAAUGGGACGUUCUGAAGCAGUUUGGAGAGAUUCAAAGGAAGAGUGAAGACCGGGUAGCAACUGUGAGGUUUAAUAAAACUGGCAGUCUUCUUGCAUGCCAGGUUGCGGGGAAGACAGUGGAGGUAUACCGAGUUUUAAGUGAUGCUGAAGCUAAGCACAAGGCUAAAAGGAGGAUUCGAAGAAAGAAAGAAAAGGUUGUGGCCAAAGCAGAAACUGAUGAGAAUACAAAUGGAAACGCGGAGACCCAACAGCUUGUUGUUAUAGUGUCUGAUGUCUUUAAACUCCUUCAUAUUUUAAGGGCAAGCAAGAAAAUUUCCUCAAUUGCUUUUUGUCCUGUUACAAGUAAAGGUAGCCUUGCCACUCUAUCACUCUCUUUGAACAAUAACAUGUUGGAAACUCAUCUAGUUGAUGAUAGCAAGAUUACUAAAACCCAUGCGAUUGAGCUCCAUGGGCACCGGUCUGAUAUCAGGAGUUUAUCUCUAAGCUCUGACAAUACCCUUUUGAUGUCAACUAGCCACAAUGCUGUAAAGAUUUGGAAUCCAAGUACUGGUUCUUGCCUUCGUACUGUUGAUUCUGGGUAUGGUUUGUGCAGUGCCUUUGUACCUACAAACCGGCAUGCACUUGUUGGAACAAAGAAUGGUACCUUAGAAGUUAUUGACGUAGGAAGUGGGACCUGCAUAGAAAUGGUAGAAGCUCAUGCUGGUGCUGUUCGAUCCGUUGUAAAUUGUCCUGAUGGGAGUGGGUUUGUCACUGGCAGUGCUGACCAUGAUGUUAAGUUCUGGGAGUAUCAGUUAUUGGAGGACUCUAAACAACUGACUGUUGCAAAUACGAGAACUUUAAAAAUGAAUGAUGAUGUUCUUGCAAUAUCUCUCAGCCCUGAUGGCAAGUAUGUUGCAGUUGCACUACUGGAUUGCACAAUCAAGGUUUUCUUCAUGGACACCUUGAAAUUUUUUCUUUCUUUGUAUGGCCACAAGCUUCCUGUGCUUUGUACUGAUAUAUCUUCCGAUGGAGCUCUGAUAGUUAGUGGUUCUGCAGACAAAAAUAUGAAGAUUUGGGGAUUGGAUUUUGGUGAUUGCCAUAAAUCUAUUUUUGCUCAUAAUGACAGUGUCAUGGCUGUCCAGUUUGUCCACAAUACGCAUUAUGUGUUCAGUGUGGGGAAAGAUCGCCUUGUGAAAUAUUGGGAUGCUGACAAGUUUGAGUUACUUCUCACUCUUGAGGGGCAUCAUGCUGAAGUGUGGUGUCUUGCUAUCAGCAAUCGUGGUGAUUUUAUUGUUACAGGAUCACAUGAUCGAUCCAUUCGCCGCUGGGAUCGCACUGAAGAGCCCUUUUUUAUUGAGGAAGAAAGAGAGAAACGGCUGGAGCAAAUGUUUGAAUCUGAUAUGGACUAUUCAAAUGAUAGGUACGCACCAAGAGAGGAUCUUCCCGAGGAGGGAUCUGUUGGUCUGCCUGGAAAGAAGACUCAAGAAACUCUUACUGCAGCAGAUUCAAUUCUUGAGGCAAUAGACAUAGCUGAAGAAGAACUAAAACGUAUCGAGCAACACAAGGAGGAUGUAAAAAAUGGAGCAACUUCUCAGUUUCAGCCAAAUAUAAUGAUGCGGGGGCUCUCACCAUCUGAUUAUGUUAUCAAUGCGAUCUCCUCGGUUCACACCAAUGAUUUGGAGCAGACUCUGCUGUCUUUACCAUUCACGGACGCAUUGAAGCUUUUAUCGUACAUGAAGGAUUGGGCUACCAGAUCUGACAAGGUUGAGCUUGUGUGCAAGGUCAAUGCCAUUCUUCUUCAAACACAUCAUAAUCAGUUGACCGCCACGCCUUCCGCAAAACACACAUUGACUGUUCUAAAGGACAUUCUUCCAAAGAAAGCUAUGGGAUUCAAGAACACUAUCGGCGUCAACAAUGCAUCAAUGGAGUAUAUAAAGGAACUUAUGUCUAUGAGAUCCGAUGCUCCCUUCCGGGAUGCAAAGGCGAAGCUUUUGGAAAUUCGUUUAAAGCAGUCCAAGCACGAUGGCCGGAAAGACGGCCCCAGCAAAAGAAAGAAGAAGAAACUCAAGGUUUCAAGUGAGAACAAAUGACCAAGUUUAAGCACAGUUUUUGGUAAAAAGGUUAAACAAGAAACUCUACGGUUCCAGUGAAGAUAAUGGAAGUGAAAGUUACUGAUAAAGGGUAAAAAGAAGAAACCCUAGGUUUCUAGUGAGAUUAGUUGAAGAUCAUGUAACAUUAAUUUUGUUUAUUUUCUCAGCAAGUGGUUAUUUAAUAUUUAAAAUUUUUGACAUUUUCUUUGGUUUUUUAGUAUUGUUUUUGUUGAUGUGAUAACCUAUAUUUGUUUAUUAGCAAAAAGUAAAAGUUUUUCUUGAGAUUA